CGCUCGAAGCGAAGCUUGAGCCGGCGCGUACGUCUUCGCAGCCUCCACUCUCAGUCACGACAUCCGGCGAGCAGGUGCAGGUCAACCGAACAUUUGGCAAUUUUGGGGCGAAUUACGAUCCCAUCGAUCCCAACAACCCAGUUCGUCCCAGCUUUUUGGAAUGGCCCAUCAAACGUUGUUGCUGCUGGCAUGUCUGGCCCUUCUGAGCGGGCUGACGACUGGCGCCCGGCUAGACAACCUGUACGGAGCCCCGGCACCGGCGGCCUCCUAUCAGGGCGGCGGUGGUGAUGCCAAUGUCCUGCGGGCUCCCCAGCAGUUCGGCCAGCAGGCUCCGGCCAACCAGUAUCUGCCUCCAUCGGCGGGUGGUAACGCCGCUGGGGGCUAUCCGUCCGUGGCGCCGCUCGGACAACGUGGCGGACAACAACAGUUCGGACAGCAGCCAGGAUUCUCUGGAGGUGGUGGCGGGUACAACCCGCAGCCCGCAUCCGGUCCGGCCUUCAGCGGGGCCAGCAAUGCCCUACAGCCCAGCUACCAGGGCGCACCGGGCAACUACCCGCAAACGACCCCGAUCCCGAUCCUGCGCUACGAAAACGUUAACAACGGCGAUGGCAGCUAUCGGUUCGAUUACGCCACGGGAAAUGGAAUCCAGCACCAAGAGGAAGGAUUCCUGCGCCAGUUGGGUCCCGAGAAGUCGGAACAGGUAGUUUCCGGUGGCUACUCCUACACCGCACCCGACGGCCAGCAGUACAGUGUGCAGUACAAAGCCGACGCGAACGGUUUCCAGCCCGUCGGUGACCAUCUCCCGACGCCACCGCCUCUACCACCGGCGCUCCAGGAAGCGUACGAUCUUCACGCCCGUCUACACGCCGAAGCUGCCGCUAGGCCGAAGAACCCAGCGUACCAGGACGGAGCUCCUGGGCAGGGUUCGUACUCGCAGCAGGGUUCGUACUACCCUCAGCAACAGCCUGCCCAGCCACAGUACCAGCAGCCCCAGCAACCCCAGCAGCAGCCACGGCCGCAAUAUCAGCAACCCCAGCAGCAGCCCCAGUUCCAGCAACCGGCGCCUCAGUUCCACUCGGCCAGUUCCCCGAACGCCAUCCAGGGUUACCCGUCGGCUCCCGCUAACCAGUACCUGCCACCUGCCAGACGGCAACCGGGCUUCAACCCCAGCACCGGGUACACCUACUAGAGCAACGCCAACUUCAGCCAACGCCAGCCAACACCAUUACUUUCAUCGAUUUCAGUAUUUAUUGUCCGGGAGCCGGGCGGAGAAUGACACACGCCAAUAAAUGAGGGUGC